AUGCGGGGAAUUUCGUCGUUCUGUGUUGUGUUCCUUGCCGCUGUGGCACAGGCUAGAUAUAUUGUCCCCGGAGGCCGAUGGCGAGAUACCAACGGGGACCUGGUCAACGCUCAUGCUGGCGGCCUUCUCUACGAUGACAAGUCGGGCAAGUUCUGGUGGUUUGGCGAGUACAAGAUUGAAGGCCAGACGGAGGGUGGCGGUGUCUCCGUGUAUAGUUCGGAGGAUUUGGCGACGUGGGAGCCUCACGGGUUGGCUUUGAAACCGGUUGAGGGACAUCCUGAGGAGUCGAAUCAGUACCAUAUGUGGUGGCAUGCGGAUAAUUCCACUUAUGGAUGGCUCCUGCAAGGAUUCGCUACUUCCGACAACAUCACCGGCCCCUAUACCUUUGUCGACGCAGCGGCACCACUGGGCAACUGGUCGCAAGACUUUGGGUCCUUCACCGACUACAAGGACGGCCGCUCGUAUGCGCUCUACUCGAACGGCGACAGCAAGUAUGGACGCGAUGUCUACCUUACCGUGUACAACAAGAACGUCACCGCACUGGAGGAAGUCGUCUACCGCUUCCCAAAGUUCGAUCUGGAGGCGCCGACCAUCAUCCAAACGGAGAAGAGCUAUUGGGCGUUGAUGAGCCACAAGACUGGUUACCGGCCGAACAACGUCGUUGCGUUCCGCGCCGACUCGCUCAGCGGUCCCUGGUCCCAGCCAUUUAUGGUUGCUCCUCUGAACACACGCACGUUUAACUCGCAGUCUGGUUUCUCCCUUCGGAUUAAGGGGACGAAGAAGACCACCUAUUUGUACAUUGGUGAUCAGUGGGAUUCCAACUCCCUCUGGGAAAGCCGGUACAUCUGGCUUCCGAUGGAUAUCGACGAGACGAAGAAAACACUCGACCUGGUCUGGAACGACGUCUAUGACCUCAACGUCAAAACCGGGGAAUGGAAAGCCAUUAGCGGCAAGACAUACACUGCCAGGAAGGCCAAAACAAACGGCAAUGCGUAUAAACAGGAAGCUAACUUUGCAACCGACGGUGUCAUCCUGACGGGGAUCUAUGGCAAUGACAGCACAGUGACAUUCGAGGGCAUUGAAGGAACUGGCAAGCCACAAUGGGUGUCUUUCUACUACCAGAAUAUCGAUGACAUGGGCUUCGGCGAUCAACCGGGAGGCACCCCUGAUCGCGUCGGUGGCUCAUGGCAGCUCCGUCGCAUCAGCAGCGUCGUGGUCAACGGGAAUACCCCAAACGUGGAGACGCUUUAUCAGAGGGAUACGCACAAGAGCAUCAUUCUUUCGGCGCCGCUGCUGCUGACGCUGGAGAAAGGCUCGCAUAAUACCAUUACUGUCGGAGGAUUGUACAACGGAUUUGAUUAUAAGGGUGCAGAUCUGGAUAAGAUUGUGGUGUAUCCCCCUGAGCCUUGA